AUGUCGAAAGCCAACGGACUCAAGCGCAAGGAAGCGCCGUCGGACGCACGCAAAAGCGACAAGAAGCAGAAGACGUACGACCCCAAGCUCGCCAGAGCAGAGAAAAAGCGAUCCCACCUCGAACAAGCUGCAAUGGACAACGAUGAGGAUUUCGAGGGUCUGUCAGACAACGACGGCGGUGUAACGCUACCUUCAAACGGCGUCCAGUCAGAAGAGCCCAAGAAGUUCAAGCUAGAAGGAGGGAAGACAUCAGCAGAGGCGCACGCAGAGCAACGACGAGUCGCAAAGGAACGAAAGGCAGCGAAGCCACACGCCGACAUCAUUCAACGAGCGAAACAACUAUGGGAGAGACUGCGCCGAAAGUCACAUGUGCCCAAGGACGAGAGGAAAGAGCUGGUCGCAGAACUGUUCAGCAUCGUUGAGGGCAGAGUGCGGGACUUCGUCUUCAAGCACGACAGUGUUCGUGUGAUUCAGUGCGCCAUCAAAUAUGCCCGUCCAGAACAGCUGAAGACGAUUGUCAGAGAGCUACAAAAUGACGUGCGCGAGUUGGCCGCCAGCAAGUAUGGCAAGCACUUGGUCGGCAAGAUGGUCGUCGAAGGAGAUCGCGAGGACAAGGACUUGAUCAUCCCACAGUUCUACGGACACGUCAAGAGGUUCAUAAACCAUCCCGAAGCCAGCUGGAUCAUGGACGACAUCUACCGCCAAGUGGCUACACCAAAGCAGAAGGACAUGCUGUUGAGAGAGUGGUACGGCACAGAGUUCGCACUUUUCGGGCAGUCGAGACCCAACGCCUCAGACGAGCAGACGACUUCAGACUUGCGCAUGAUCCUAGAAGAGACCCCCGAAAAGCGCAAACCCAUCCUGGGAUACCUGAAGCAGAUGAUCGACAACCUCAUCCAAAAGCAGAAGACGGGCUUCACCAUGCUGCACGACGCCAUGCUGCAGUACUUCCUCGCACUCGAACCUGGCACUGAAGACCACUCUGACUUCCUCGAGAUGCUCAAGGGCGACAUCGACGCCGAGUCAGAAGGUGGAGGCGGCGAUCUGUACCGCAACUUGUCCUUCACCAAGAACGGCUGCAAGCUCGUCUGCUACGCUCUCGCAUACGGUUCAGCCAAAGACCGCAAAGUCAUCCUUAAAUGCUUCAAAGACCACGUCGAGACCAUGGCCUACGACCAAUACGCCAAAAUGGUCCUCGUCGCCGGUCUCGACCUGCCCGACGACACAAAGAUGACCUCCACUUCCAUCCUGCAAGACCUCCUCGGCCUGAAAAUGGAAGACACCACCCAACGUUUCGACCGCCUCUCCGACAUGAUGACGAACCUCAACUCCCGCCUCCCCAUCCUCUACCCACUAGCCGGACCCGCGAAAUGGCUCGUCAACGAUGCUGAGAAAGAGUUCACCGGUGAGAUUCACAAGAUUCGGGAGACAACGUCAAAGAAAGCGCCAGAGGUCAGGAGACAAGAGUUGAUCGCCCAUAUCUCCGCGCCACUGCUUGAAUUCAUCGCCGAGCGGGCACAGAGUUUGGUGACUUCGUCAUUUGCGAGCCAGGCUGUGACGGAGAUUCUGCUGGAAUGUCAUGAUAAGGAUAACACGCAACGAGAUGCGGCGAAGAAGGCGGUUGCUGCGUUAGCGGCGGGUGAUCCUAACGAGGAAGGGCAUGUUGCGAAAGAUCCUGCUACAGGAAGGAUGUUGAGGACGCUGGUUUCUGGAGGGUCUUUCGAUCCGAAGACGAAGAAGGUGGUGCUGGUGGAGCCGCGACUUGGGUUCGGAGAGGUGCUGUACCCAGUCAUCAAGGACAAAUUAGUGGAGUGGGCGUGCUGUGAUUCGAGCUUCGUGGUGGUGUCAUUGUUGGAGAGUGAGGAUGUGCCGGACAAGGUCAAGAAUGAGGUUAAGGCGACGUUGGAGGAUGCGAAGAAGCAGUUGAAGAAGGCGGCGGAGGGUGAGAAGAGUGCAAAGGCGGAAGGUGGGAAGAAGGACAAGAAACCCAAGGGAAAUGCUGGAGCGCGCAUUUUGCUGGAGAAGAUCUAA